GGCGUUGAAACCUCACAACAAUCCGGUAGCCUCUGGACAAUAUACGCAAAGGCUCGAAUCAGCCGCUCAAUAUACAUAUCAUAUACAGCCCAGCUCGGUUUCUGGCACUAUUAACAGUGUGUGAGCCAUGGAAAUACGCCCAGACUCGACCCGCUGAUUCACCUCGAUCCCUGGACGGAUCGCCCAGCCUCCCCUCGAGAACGAAGAUAUACACUCGAUUGUUGUCGAAUUGCUGUUGAGAACAUGCUAAGAAGCCAACUAGGCGAUACGCUGCACCCUACAAUGGGUCCUGGAGAUGGAGACGCUGUGGAAGAGAGUGGUGGAACACCUGGAAGAAGGACAGCCUCACGAUCACCUUCGAAAGCGCGCUCCCUCUCUGAUGGCGGACCUCCUACUUUGUCACCAUCUCCAAAGUUUCGAGAGCCAGAGAAAAAGAAAUCCCAGGACGACAGCGCACUAAGCGACAAUCCUACAACUCCACGGCGGCCUGCCUACCCAUUGCGCGGUCUUUCUUUGCAGAUGCCGGCACGGGAUCUGAUGUCGCCCAGCAACCAGGCGUAUAUCAGUCGCGUUCCUUUGUCACCAAAGCUGGACCAUUCGCAGACGUAUGGCUCGCCCUCCAGCGUCCUCCCCAGAAGAUCUCGGGGCCUAGACUUUUCGCGAGCAGCAACGAAUCUCCACCAUUCAACAUUAGCAGAGCAAUCUUCGCCAGACUCGUCGCCUACCAUCGGCGGCAGGGCGAUGAAUAUACCCAACAAGAAGAACGGGCUUCACUUCUCAAGCAACUCAGAGUCGAUGAACAACAAUUCUAGCUCCCUAUGGUCGACUAUGGCGAACGCGGAUAGGAUGGUGGUGUCGAGCUCACUCGGAAGCGUGAACAUGCUGGGUUCGGAGUCAUCAGGUAGCAGCUCGGACGAGGACGACCUCAUGGAUGCUGACGAUAUCGACGACUCUAUACUCUCGACUCCACAAAUCAACAAGAUGAGCGGGCCCUUUAGUACAGCGCAGCCUAGUCCUGGAAACGGCUGGGCAGGGCAGUCGCCUGCUGUGAGCAGCCUCAUGAACUUCCAGCGAGCAAGGCUGCGACAUGGCAAGAGCCGAAAGAGCUCGAGCAGCGGAAGUGGAAACUCGAUGGCCAGCCCCAAGUCGAAAUCCCCGCCGACUAUGCGAAGUCUCGAGAACAUGAAUACGGGUUACUUUGGUGGCAGAGAGAUUGGGGAUGGACUGAAAGCGCGUAGGGAGAGUAUAAGUUGGGCGGCGAACCAGCUACAUAUAUCUGGGAGCGAGAGCGAUGAUGGUACAUUGAAGUCUACCUUGGAGAAUGUGGAUGGCAUGCCUAUUACGCCUGGUCGUGACGGUCAAAGAGGGGUCAUUCGUAGGCCAGUGACCAGGAGGGGAAAUAUGCUGCCCAAGACGAAAGGCUUCGCACGUAUACGAGCAGCCCUUGCUGAGGAAAGCACCCCAAUUGAGACCGAGGUUCGUCGCGAGGCAGAAGUUGUACGCCUAACUCGCGAGAGCGAUAUGGAGCUCGAGCCCACACGCCGCCCCUCCAUGUCGACCACAACCACAACCCACUCUUCUCCAAGCUUAGGACCUGUCACGCAGGACUCACUUGGGGGCAUAUUAGAAGAUGAAAUAAUGGAAGAUGCCAAUGCGGGACUCUCAAGCAGCUUCAAGCAGCACGCCAUGCGAAAUUCGAAAGGCAAAGAGUUCUGGGAGACUUUCACAGAUGAUAAUAGUCGUACCCCACCACCCCCAUUCCUCCCACGAGGCUCAUCGUCAGGAAUCAGCGAAGAGAUAUCCCUAGACUCACCAUCCCUCUCCACACCACCACUCUUCCCCAGCCAGCAAACCGCUAGUAGUUCCGAUCCACAAACAUCCUCCCCCUCCAGAUCCGCAACACCACAACCACCGACUGCUCCUACCGCAGCAGAAAUCACCCGCAAAGUCAACAACAAACGCAGAAGAGACGACGACUUCGACCCGACGAGCUUCAAGAGGAGAGCAGUUAGUCCAGGCAUGAGUGUUCACAAUAGUCCUGUGAUGCAAAGCCCGAUGCAGAGAGAUGUCACGCCGUGGGGUAGUCGGCCGCCUAGUAAUGGGGAGGCGAGCAAAGGAAAUGCGAAUGGGGCGAUGAAGAGGGUUGGGUUUCAGGGGAUGGUGGAUACUAAUGAUGGCUUGAUGAAGAUGAGCAUUGAGUGAUUGCUUGGUUUUGGGUUUAUCAAAGGGUGGCGCAAUCGUUGCUAGUAUGGUGGAGUCGUUGAUACUGCUGAGUAGAGAUACCAAUCAACAUAUCAUAAUCCAUCUUCUCUCGCGGAAAUCGUGAAAGUCGCUGAGCCUGGUGUGUUGGCGUGUCCUGGAUUAGCAAGUGCGGUCGAUCCUCUGUACUGCCCAGGUCUACGUAGUACGCGCAAAGUCCUCAACGGUCUGGAAGGAGGUCCUCCUAGGAGGACGUUAGCAAGCCGC